UACUAGUCGGCUCGCUAGUUGAUGGUAAAGGAGCGAUACACGUUCAGAGGUGAGCGCAGCCUGAGGCCCUCAGCGCAGCCAAAACAACGUAAGUGCUUUGCUCCCUGCGAAGAACACGGCGGGCACCGGAUUUGUAUGGACCUUUCCUUAUUCUCUAUCAUCAGCACAUUAAAAUAAUCCACAAAUAGCGUUUUCCUAUAUUGAAAAAAAAGGAUGUCUUUUUCUCUUCUCUCCUUAUCUUCUUCUUCAUCUUCCGCAGUUUCUAGAAAAUUUCCCUCUUUUUUCUCUUCCGUAACUUCAUCUCCACCGUCUACUUUACUUUCCCUUUUAAGGAACCAGUCUAAUUUCAGCCAUGUUGCGUCUAAUGCUAGAAUUUUCGCUUCCAGUUCGUGUUCUUUCCUAUCUUCGACUUGUUCUGUGUCGGCUGCCAAUUAUGUUGUUCCAAGGGCUUUUUCGUCUUCCUUUGACUCUUCCUCUUCGGCUGGAGAUUGUGAUGGGGAAAGCUCGGAGAUUGUGUCGGGUGAAAAUGAUGAACAAGGGGCUGAAACUGACGAUGAAGACCAAGUCUUGAUUCUUGAUGACGAAGAUAUUACUCAUUCUGAUCUUCCUCAAAGAUGGGAUGUCUUAGGACUCGGCCAAGCUAUGGUCGAUUUUUCUGGCGUGGUUGAUAAUGAAUUUCUGGAGAGGCUUGGAUUAGAGAAGGGUACCAGAAAGGUCAUCAAUCAUGAGGAAAGGGGUAAAGUUCUGCGUGCAAUGGACGGAUGUAGCUACAAGGCUGCUGCCGGUGGAUCACUUUCUAAUAGUCUGGUUGCCUUGGCCAGGCUUGGUGGUGGUCAGCCAAUAGCUAGUCCUGCUCUGAAUGUAGCUUUGGCUGGUAGUGUUGGAAGUGAUCCGUUGGGUGGAUUUUACAGAUCCAAACUUCGAAGAGCAAAUGUGAAUUUUUUGUCAGCACCAGUGAAGGAUGGGACGACAGGAACUGUGAUAGUCCUCACAACUUCGGAUGCUCAGCGAACUAUGCUGGCAUACCAGGGUACGUCAUCAAGGAUAAACUAUGACCCAUGCUUGGCGGAUGCAAUUACUAAAACAAAUAUAUUGGUAGUGGAAGGAUACUUGUUUGAACUUCCUGAUACAGUCCGAACAAUUUCGAGAGUCUGCGAGGAAGCCCGCAAAAAUGGAGCAUUAGUUGCUAUCACAGCAUCAGAUGUGUCCUGCAUUGAGAGACAUUAUGAUGAUUACUGGGAAAUCAUGGCAAAUUAUGCAGAUAUAGUAUUUGCAAACAGCGAAGAAGCAAAAGCUUUCUGUCAUUUUUCAUCAAAUGAAAGCCCCCUUUCUGCUACAAGGUACCUGAGCCAUUUUGUCCCUUUAGUUUCCGUCACAGACGGGCCUAAAGGUUCUUACAUUGGCGUGAAAGGGGAAGCUAUCUACGUUCCUCCGUCACCAUGCGUGCCUGUGGAUACCUGUGGUGCAGGGGAUGCUUAUGCAUCAGGUAUUUUGUAUGGAAUAUUAAGGGGUGUCUCUGAUUUGAAAAGCAUGGGUUCCAUAGCAGCCAAGGUUGCAUCCGUAGUGGUAGGGCAACAAGGUACUAGGCUCAGGGUACAAGAUGCUAUUGGGUUGGCCGAGUCAUUUUCAGUCCACUGCAGGAACAAAACAUUUUGGUCAGAUAUAGGUUCCGAUCAUAUCUCCAGCUUGUAAUACUCGGAAGGUGAAGAAAGCCCUGUGCUGGUGGGAGGUAGCAGGUGCCCCGUAGAAUUAGUCAAGGUGCACGCAAGCUGACCAGGACAUCAUUGAUAUAAAGAAAAAAGUACUCGGAAAGUGACCUCUGACAUCGGUUUAGUGAUUACAGGAUUAGUUCUUUCUCACAUACUCUUUGAGUUGUGUACAUUGACAUUCAUUGUAAUUAUUCACGUAAUUGGUUUUAAUGGAUUCAGCAAAACAUUCAAAGACCUUGAAUUUGCUUCAA